AUAUUUAUUGCUAUAGGACAAAAUGCCGGCCUACCAUUCCAUCUUCCUUGAGGACCGGGAUGUUCCCCUCUCAACGUCUACCCUCAGGCAAUUUCCCUGUCCUCCCCCUCCGCACCCGUACUCGCGGCCCGCAUACACCCUCCCCCCGCUGCCCGCCGAUGUCUCCGAUAUGGAUGUGCCUCCCGACAGCGAGUCCUACGACUGCGUAGACGAGAUCCUGUCUCUUUUCCGCGCAAAUGUGCUCUUCCGGAACUUUGAGAUCAACGGACCUGCAGACCGCAUGCUCAUCUACGGAACGUUGUUCAUCAGUGAAUGCCUGGGGAAGGUCAAACCGGGCAUGACCUCCCGCGAGGCUGAGAAGGCUUUGAUUAAUGUUUCGCUCGAUCAUUUCGCUAUCCCCGGUGACGUGGCCUUCCCUUUGAACCAGGCCUUCGAGCCUCCACGGGACCGCCAGGAUGCGGAGACACUGAGACAAUACCUCUCUCAAGUACGACAGGAGAUCGCUAUUCGACUACAUGCUCGGUUAUACGCUGGCGGUGAAGGGCCUUCAAAGUGGUGGCUGAGCUUUGCGAAGAGGAAGUUUAUGGGAAAGAGCCUCUAGCUUGUUGAGACAUGGACAUGUUUUUUGUUGCUUUAUGACCAGCUCCCGUAACAGCAGCGUUCGGAGAUAUUUCCUGGUUCCCUCGGCCGAAGGGCUGCAAUUAUUAUUUCACUCUUACAUAUUCUAGCCUGACCGGUCCUGUCAUGCGCCUGUUUUAAAUGGUUGAUCCAAUUGGCGUCCACUCAACAGUUGGGUCUCGGAUAUUCCGUCUCUCGAAGGAGGCGGCAAGUCUAAUCGCAUACAAUACGCAAGAUUAUAUGUGAUGCAUUCCUUACACUUGGCUGCGAAUUCGUAUGACUCCGUUACAAGAACCGUAUGUUCACUCGCAGGAUUCGUG